GAAUGGGGAUUGGGAAUGGAGGAAUGGGAAUGGGGGAAUGUGAUCCCAAAGGAGAAACAGACCUGUGACAUCCGCCUGCGCGUGCGCGCCGAGUACUGCCAGCACGACUCCGCCCUGCACGGCAACGUCUUCUCCAACAAGCAGGACCCGCUGGAGCGCCAAUUCGAGCGCUUCAACCAGGCCAACACCAUCCUGAAAUCCCGGGAUUUGGGCUCCAUCAUCUGCGACAUCAAAUUCUCGGAGCUCACCUACCUCGACGCCUUCUGGCGGGAUUACAUCAACGGCUCCCUCCUGGAGGCCCUCAAGGGCGUCUUCAUCACGGACUCGCUCAAACAGGCCGUGGGCCACGAGGCCAUCAAGCUGCUGGUCAACGUGGACGAGGAGGAUUACGAGCUGGGCCGCCAGAAACUCCUCAGGAACUUGAUGCUCCACACGGCUCCCUGAGGGAUCCAGCUCCGGUUGUUUUGUUUUUUUGUUGUUGGUUUUUUUUUUCCUCGGGUUUUUCCCGGGUUUUUUUUUUUGUUGUUGUUGUUGGUUUUUGGUUUUUUUUCUGAUUUUAUUUUUUUUUCCGCGGAGGUGCCCGAGCGGAGCCCGCUGAUGGAUUUGGGGAGGGUUGGAAAUGU